GAACGUUAACUCGCAAAAAGCAUGCGCGUCUGUAUUACACGUAUUUGUAAGGAAGGAUGUACUACAGGGAUCUAUACGUUGUUUUCAAUAUUAUUGCAAUUUUUCACAAUAUAAACGGUGAAAUUUCUUUACCAAAAAAUGAGGAACAUAUCAAUAGAGCGAAUAAUGAUGACACCUGUUUCAAAAGUUUCGACGUUCACACGAAUAAAAUUAUUAAAACCGAAGAUUCACGUGAUCUUGGUGCAAAAUAUUUAAAUGAAAUGGACGUUGAAUCUAGAGAAGAAUGUUUUAAAUUUUGUUGUAAUACAGAUAAAUGUGACGUUUUCAUCUUUGAAGAGAAAAAACCAGGAAGUUGUUAUUUGUUUGAAUGCGGUCCACUCCAAAACUUCAAAUGUAAAUUUACCACUCAUGUUAAUUACACGAGCGCUGUACGUACCAAUUACAAUAUACACAGUCAUACUCAAUCGGAGGAAGAAAUUCAACUUUCUCAGCAUGAACACGAAUUAAAAUCAUUGAGGAAACUUGCAGAUACUCCACCAGUUGAAUAUGCUGUAACAGAACAUCCUGUUAAACCAAGCGUUACUGUAGUAUCGAGUUUAAUUUUAACAACACCACCCCCUAAGCGAGGUUGUAGUCACAAUCAGUAUGAGUGUCGUUCGACUGGAGACUGUAUAGCAAUAUACAAUGUUUGCGAUGGUAUUCCACAAUGUGCGGAUGGUUCUGAUGAAGCAGCAGAUCUUGUGUGCCCUACCGAAAAGCCAACUAUCUCAGCUUCAAUAGCAAUACAAGGACCAUCCCCACAAUUACCUUCUAACGCUAUGAAUUAUCAGCGCAUGAUUGAUCAACACAAAGCUUUUGUGCCAAUUUAUCCUCGUGGUCCAGAAAAUAAUUUAAAACCAUGGGAAUUACCAAGUAUAACAAAUCAAGUAUUAUCACAACCACCAAAUAGUUUAUAUCCGCAAAUGGAAAUACCGCAAAUGCAAAAAAAUUUUGGUUUGCCGGCAUAUCAGUGGGAUUAUCAACCAUUAUAUGAACAAAACAAAGAUUCAUACAUUCCAGGAAAUUCUUAUCGAGAGCAAAGUAAUUUUAAUCCGUAUGAUCAAAACCAGCCUCACAUUUUUAGUCAUAAAGGAUCUGGUGUUAUAAGAGAACCCGAUGUAGAUGGUAAUGUUUACGUGGAUUCAAAGAAUCCAUCACAUUUCUCACCACCUAAUAAAGUAAUAUGGCAAGAGACUCCAGUUCAACUAGCACCAUCGAUAACUCCAAAACUUCCACAAAAAUUGGUCAACCAUUUAGACAAAAAUACAAAAAAUACAGUAUCACCGCCUUGCGAGACUUCCGUACAACACACAGAUACAUUAGUAAAGGAGAGAGAGCAUGGUAAAGAAGAUAAAAAGAAACAAGAAGAAAUACCGCAUAUUAAACAAGAUAAACAUAAUAUAGAACAAUUAAAUACAACUAAAAUUGACGUUUCCAAACAAAAUCAUGGACAUAAGAGUGAGUUAACAGAUCACAAAAGCAUUAUAGUUUUGGAGAAUCAUGUAAAAGAACACGAGAAAAGUGCUGUUGUCGCAGAGCAUCUUCAACAAAUAAAUGACCAUGACAAUCUAAGACCAAGAGGUGCAGUUAUUUCUUUAGCGCUAGGAUUAAUAACCACAGCUAUUACUGCUGCAUUAAUAGCUUGCCGAUUACGAAUAGUAAAGAGACGUGGACAUCGUGGACAUGGACCUUAUGCUCAUGAUGCUGAUUAUUUAGUUAAUGGAAUGUAUCUUUAAUUAUAUCAAAGCAAGCCUAUUAAUAGUUUCCUACUAAUAAUUUUAUUAAUCAUACAAUUGUUGAUACGUUUCCAAAUUUCAUCAAUUUCAUUUGAUGAAUUUCCAAUUUCGAUAUCGCGUAUUGCAGUCUAAAAAUAGAUCGUUGUUGUACAAGAAAAUUGUGAGAAAUAAAAUAUUUUACAUUGGUAAUCUAA